AUGUUUUUAUUUUUUAUUAUUUUAAUAUUUUCAACAUUUUUAUUACAAAAAGCUUCAAUAAUUAAUAAAGAAAAAGUUAAUGUACUUUUUCUUUAUGAUAAUCAAUUAGAAGAAAAUAAUAAAAAUGAAGAAUUAUUACAAGUUAAAAAUGUUAUUAAACAAGUAUUAAAUGAAGAGGAAAAUAAUGAAAAUAAUAAAAUAUUAAUAGAUAUUCAAUUAAUUGUUUGGCCUAUUGAAAGAAUUAAAAAUGAUAAAAAUAAUUGUAGAGAAGAAAAUUAUGGGUGCGAGCCAAAUCGUCUUUGGAUAACCCAAGAUUUAGUCUGCACUCGUCUUCUAAAUAGUUCAUCUUUGGUAGUUCUUACACAGUCAGAACGAGCUGACAUAACAGCUUUUCGUCCAAUUAAAUCAACAUUAUCAGCUGUUGCAUCAGCAUUGGGGUUUUAUCGAGUACCUACUAUUGGGGCAAAUAUUAAAGAUACAGAAUUUUCUAGAAAGAAUUUAUAUCCAACAUUUUUGCGAACUUCACCUCCAUAUAGUGAUGAUGCAAUUGCAAUGGUUCGAGUAUUAUUCCAUUUAGAAUAUAGACAAAUUGUUCUUAUAACAAUUGAAGCAGACCAGAAUGGAGCAGAAUUUGCAGCCGCUUUAGCCGCACAUAAAAUACAUAUUCAAGCACAUAUAACUUUAAAUUUGGGUUCUAAAUCACUUGAAGAAUUGAAAAAUAAUUUACUCGAAGAAUUAACAGAAUAUACAGCAAAUACUGUUCUUUUAUGUGCAAAGCAAUCAGAUUCUGAAAUAAUAUUUAAUGCUUCUACUAAAUUUACUGGAGCUGGACGUGUUUGGCUUCUUUCAGAAGCUGCUAGUAAUGCAAAAAAUAUUCCUAAAGGGGCAUUAAGUAUUCGACUUAAACAGUCAAUGAUUUCUUCUUUAAGAGAUGGGUUGGCUGUUGCUAAAGCUGGAAUUAAAUCAUUUAAACAAAAUAAUUCUUUAAAAUUUAAUCCUCCAAAGGGAUGUCAACAUUCUGUUUCUGAAUGGACAAAUUUUGCUGAAGAAAAACUUUUCGAUGAAUUAAAACGUCAACCAAUUUAUGAAACUUUGAGUGGAGAACAAAUAAAUUUUAAUGAAAGAGGCGAUAGGAAGGGAAUGACUUAUGAAAUAUUAAAUGCUAAAGAGUUUGGUGGACCUCUUGUAGUUGUUGGAAAUUUAAAUGGACGUGGAGAAUUAAUUUUGGAUGAUAGAGCAAUUAUUUGGCCUGGGGGAUUGAGAAGAAAACCUUCAGAAUUAACACUUCCAAAACAUUUAAGAGUUACUUUAGUUGUUGAUCCACCUUUUGUAUAUGCAUUUAAAGGUAAAUAUGUAGAGACUAAAAAUAUUUGGAUAUCGAUAUCACUCUCUUUUCUCCUUAUUACAUUCGUACAAUUUGGUCCCGUGGGUAACAUUUUAUCAAAAUUCAAAUAUGAUUAA